AUGAACUACAUCUGUCAGGUUCUUGUGUUAGUAUCUAUCCUGAUUCACAUGGUUUUCUCUCAUCCUAUAUUACCUGCCACCGGUGGAGCAACAGCAACAAAAACUGAGGAAGCAGAAGAGCUGACAACCAAAGGAUACUAUGAGCAAUAUUGGGAAGCAAAUGGAUGGAAAACUGACGACGCUGGAAAUGUUUAUGUUGGAGACGACAGUUCAAAGAUGUUGUUGAUUCAACAAGGAUCGUAUUGUCCUAUUUCAAUCUGCAAAGGAUGGUUCGGAAUUUGGUGA